CACACUCACACAGCCAGAGCUAUUUCUGGCUGCCGCGCGGGCUCCGCACCAGACUUUGUGGAGCUCGUGCAUGGUGGUUUCUCCAAGUUGCCUCCCCUGGAGCUUCCCGCAGGUGGGCAGUAGCCGCAGACGUCGCAGAGGCGCCCGCCGAAGAACUCUGCUAACCGAGCCAGCCGUUGGGCAGCCAGCCGGGGCCGGCCGGGAGAAGAGCCGCCCGAAGGAGCCCGGGAGAAGCGGGCACCAUGGAGGUGCAGCUGGGCUUGGGGAGGGUCUACCCCCGACCGCCAGCCAAGAGCUUUCGGGGAGCUUUCCAGAACCUGUUCCAGAGCGUGCGCGAAGUGAUCCAGAACCCGGGCGCCCGGCACCCCGGUGCAGCCGCGGGCGCAGCACCCCCAGGCGCCCGUCUGCUGCAGCACCACCAGCACCUCCAACUCCACCAGCAGCAGCAGGCGCCCCAACAGCCUCAGCAGCAGCAAAGCAGCCCCCGGCAGCCGCAGCCCCCGGCGCAGCAUCAGGCGCCCGACGAUGGCUCGCCCACCGCCCCCGGCCGAGGCCCGGCCGGCUACCUGGCUCUGGAGGAGGACUCCCAGUCGCAGCCUUCCCAGUCGCUUCCUUCGGCCGAAGGACACCGGGAGAACGGCUGCGUCCCGGAGCCCGGAGCGGUCGCGGCCGCCGGCAAGGGGCUGCAGCAGGCGGCCGCCGUGGCGGUGGCAGCGCCAGACGACGAUGACUCAGCUGCCCCGUCCACUCUGUCCCUACUGGGCCCCAGCUUCCCGGGCUUGAGCGGCUGCUCCACCGACCUGAAGGACAUCCUGGCCGAGGCCGGGACCAUGCAGCUCCUGCAGCAGCAGCAGGAGGCGGCGGCGGCGGCGGCGGCGGCGGCUGCUGCAGCGGCAGCGGUGGCGGAUGGAGGCGGCGGCGGCCGGGCGCGAGAAGGAGCCGUGGGCUCCGCCUCCUCCAAAGACACCUACCUGGGGGGCACCUCGACCAUCUCGGACAGCGCCAAGGAGCUGUGCAAGGCCGUGUCCGUGUCCAUGGGCUUGGGCGUGGAAGCGCUCGAACACCUGAGUCCCAACGAGCAGCUGCGCGGAGACUGCAUGUACGCCCAGCUGCUGGGGGGCCCGUCGGCGUCGCGCUCCGCGCAUCCCUGCGGCCCCCUGGCCGACUGCAAGGGCUCGCUGCUGGACGACGGCUCGGCCAAGGACGCCGAAGACGCCGCCGCCGACUACUCGCCUUUCAAGGGCGGCUACGCCAAGGCUCUAGACGGGGAGAGUCUGGGCUGCUGCGGGAGCGGCGCCGGAGGGGAGACAGCGGCCGGCGGCCAGCUUGAGAUGUCGUCCGCCCUCGGUCUCUACAAAGCCGGCUCCCUCGACGAAGCCACCGGCUAUCAGAACCGCGACUACUACAACUUCCAGCUGGCCCUGGCGGGGCCGCCGCCGCCGCCUCCCCCGCAGCCCCCUUCGCACCACCCGCACACCCGCAUCAAGCUGGAGAACCCGCUGGACUACGGGAACGCCUGGGCCGCGGCCGCCGCUCAGUGCCGUUACGGGGACAUGACCGGCCUGGGCCACGGAGGAGGUGCCGCCGCCGCCGCCGCCGCCGCAGCCGCCGCCGCCGCCGCCGCCGCCGCGGGCCCGGGUUCGGGCACCCCGGCCGCCGCCGCCGCCGCCGCCGCCGCAGCCGCCGCAGCCGCCUCGUCCUCCUCCUCCUCCUCGUCCUCUUCCUCCUCCUGGCACACUCUCUUCGCCUCGGAGGAAGGUCAGUUGUAUGGGCAGUGCGGUGGCACCGCGGCAGCCGGCGAGGCAGCCGCCGGAACCCCCUAUGGCUACCGGGCAGCCCAGGGGCUGGCGGGCCAGGAGGCCGACUACCCUCAGACCGAGAUGUGGUACCCCGGCGGCGUGGUGAGCAGGGUGCCCUAUCCGGGCCCGGCCUGUGUCAAGAGCGAGCUGGGACCGUGGAUGGAGGGCUAUUCGGGGGCCUACGGAGACAUGCGAUUGGAGACCGCCAGGGACCACGUGUUGCCCAUCGACUAUUACUUUCCACCACAAAAGACCUGCCUGAUCUGUGGCGACGAAGCUUCGGGCUGCCACUACGGGGCGCUCACCUGCGGCAGCUGCAAAGUCUUCUUCAAGAGAGCAGCAGAAGGGAAACAAAAGUACCUGUGUGCCAGCAGGAAUGAUUGCACCAUCGAUAAAUUCAGGAGGAAAAAUUGCCCAUCAUGCCGGCUCCGAAAGUGCUAUGAAGCAGGGAUGACCCUUGGAGCCCGGAAACUGAAGAAACUUGGCAACCUGAAGCUUCAGGAAGAAGGCGAGGCCUCCGGCUCCGGCAGCCCCCACGAGGACCCGGGGCAGAAGCUCACGGUUUCCCACAUUGAAGGCUACGAGUGCCAGCCUAUUUUCCUGAACGUCCUGGAGGCCAUCGAGCCAGGCGUGGUGUGUGCUGGCCACGACAACAACCAACCCGAUUCCUUCGCUGCUCUGCUCUCCAGCUUGAACGAGCUGGGCGAGAGGCAGCUGGUACACGUGGUCAAGUGGGCCAAGGCACUGCCCGGUUUCCGUAAUCUGCAUGUGGACGAUCAGAUGGCCGUGAUUCAGUACUCCUGGAUGGGCCUCAUGGUGUUUGCCAUGGGCUGGAGAUCUUUCACCAACGUCAAUUCCAGAAUGCUCUAUUUUGCUCCCGAUCUGGUGUUCAAUGAAUACCGGAUGCACAAGUCAAGGAUGUACAGCCAAUGCGUCCGGAUGAGACAUCUCUCCCAGGAGUUUGGCUGGCUCCAGAUCACGCCACAGGAGUUUCUUUGCAUGAAAGCCCUGCUGCUCUUCAGCAUUAUUCCAGUGGAGGGACUGAAGAAUCAGAAAUUUUUUGACGAACUGCGAAUGAACUACAUCAAAGAGCUGGAUCGGAUAAUCGCCUGCAAGAGGAAAAAUCCAACUUCUUGCUCCCGACGUUUUUACCAACUCACCAAACUCUUGGAUUCUGUGCAGCCCAUCGCCAGAGAGCUGCACCAGUUCACCUUCGACCUGCUAAUCAAGUCCCACAUGGUGAGCGUGGACUUUCCCGAGAUGAUGGCCGAGAUCAUCUCUGUACAAGUGCCCAAGAUCCUUUCUGGAAAAGUCAAGCCCAUCUAUUUCCACACACAGUGAUGCUUUGCAAAAAGCCUUCUCCUCCCUCCCUCCUUUUCUGCCAUCUUUUGCCUGUUGUUAUUCUGCACUACUGUUCUGCAGUGCCUUGGGGAAUUCCCUCUGUUGAUGUACAGUGUGUCCUGGAGAUAGUCCUAAUUCCUUACUACCUUCUAAGCUUCUCUUUCCUUCUCACUGCCAUGCCCUCUCCCAGCACCUCCUUUCUGCCUCACUCCCUCGAUCUUCUCACCUAUCUUAGCACCUUGUGACUCUGCUUAGUCUCUCCGAAUCCUUGACACUAGUCCCGUGGCUACGCCCAGGCCACACGUGUCUUUCUGAUGGCCGCGUGGCCAUUUUCUUCACCUAACAUCAUGAUGAAUCUUGCAUAUUUAAGGGGACAAAAAAAAACCCAUCUCGCUGCGGUUCCCCUCCCUUAAAAGACAAACACGCAAACAGCCACACACACACAAGCCGACAACCCUGAGUAUUUCCCUGAGGAUGUGUGGGUGUAUGUGUGUGCUAGCAUUUCUCACCUGGAGCACCCACUCUGCCAACAGCAGCUUUCAGGCAAUUCCCCAGUGAGGGACCUGGGAGGAGAAAGAGAAGAGCCCCAUCCCUUCACACACACACACACACACACACACACACACAC